AUGAGGACACGACCUGCAGGCAUCGGCACCUCCAACGCGGACUGGAUGGGCUCGCUGUCUGCGAGGCUCAGUGCCAUGCCCCUCAAACACCUCGCUGUGCCAGGGUCCCAUGAUUCUUUUACAUUCUGGGUAGACGUGAAGGCUCCUGUCGGUCCGGAUCAGAAGGCUUUUGUCAAAUACCUGGCCACCAUAUUCAGACACAUGGCUAAGAAAGUCAUGGUAAAGUGGUCCAUGACUCAGAACCUGACGUUUAAGGAGCAGCUGGAUGCAGGCAUUCGCUACUUUGACCUCAGGGUCUCCUCCAAGCCCGGGGAGCCCGGCAAAGAGAUCUACUUCAUCCAUGGCCUGUUUGGACAUAAGGUGAGGGAUGGCCUGUCAGACAUCAACAUGUUCUUGGACAGACACAGGAAAGAGGUGGUGUUUUUGGACUUCAACCACCACUAUGCUAUGGAGGAAGAGCACCACAGGUACCUCAUCGACAUGCUCAAGGAAGUAUUCGGCAGCAAGUUGUGUUGCAUCAUUGCAGUGGAGGACAUUACCCUGGAUUACCUCUGGGAGAAGAAAUACCAGGUGUUGGUGUUUUACCAUCAUCCAUCAGCUGAGGGCUCGCCUGUGAUGUGGCCUGGCAACAAGAUCCCUGCUCCCUGGGCCAACACCACCAACCCCAUCAAACUCAUACAGUUCUUGGAGACGACUCUGAAGGAGAGAGCCAAACAUGGCUCUUUCCACGUGUCACAGGCUAUCCUCACCCCUCGGGUCAAUACUAUAGCCAAAGGCCUGGUCUGGGGGCUACGCAGCUACUUGGUAGAAAGGUGA